AGCAGUCUCAAAGCGUACGCCGUCAACAACAGACACAGCGGACAUAUUCAUUCACGCAGACGGACGGGGUGUGCUGGCGUCGUGCGUGGCGCAGUUCUUGAAAGUUAUCAAAUUCCCGUUGCAUUUACCGUUACAGUGCAAAUGUUAAACAAAGCAACCAAUAAAAAAAGCGGCCACUAGGUCAAACCGCAGCAAAAAAAAAAAAAGAAAAAAAUAAAGAUAUAAGGAAGAUAGUCAAAUAAAUUAAACUAAACAAAGUGCAGUGGAGUGGCAACGCCAGCAGGCCAGGAUUUGCCUUCGAAGGUGUUGAAAAAGUCGCGUUCCAACGAUCAACGGUAGACGGUACGCGAUUUGCCGGCCAACAGCGAGCACGUCGUAAAUUUGUGACAAACUUGUUCCGUUAAUGCAUUUAGCACGUGAAUUCCAAGCCCGCAAAUUGAGCUAACCACGCGGCGACAACAGCCACAACAACAACAACAACAACAACAACAACAACGACAAGAUGGAACAUGUGUAAAUGCUAACGAGCGUGUAAGUGCAGCCAGUGUUGGUGAGGGGCAGCAGCAAACGUUGACAAGUGUAACGCAAUUUGAUUGAUUUUGAUUGACAUGGCACUCAGCAGCUGUGGCCACCCAGAAGCAGUCAAGUGAAAUACGAGUGGAAAGCAGCAAAACGAAAAGGAAAACUAAAAAAAAUUUAUAUAUAUGUACAUAUAUCUGAGCAGUGUUUUUAGAGGCUUAUGAAAAGAUCUGCAGCAGUAAAAACUGAAAUACUUUCAAUUAAAAUCAAACACAGUCCACACAUCGACGCAAGGAAUUCCUGAGUGCGAAAAACAAAAACCAAUAAAAUCCAAGCUCAUAUAAAAAGAAAGAUUGCAAUAAUAAAAUAUAUAUACUAUAUACAUACAUAUACUUAUAUGAAAAGUUGGGCGCCGGCUAAUCAACUGCUGCGCACAACAAAAGCGUCCAGCUAAGCAACUUUUUCUUCUGAGUUUUUCCGUUUUCCCUUUUUUGCGGCGGCUGUCGUUCACUUUUUUUUUGUGCUCAUUGCCUGCCAUCAUUUUUCGCAUGUGCUGUGCAGUGUGUGGGUGUGUGUGUGUGUGUGUGUGUGUGGGUGACUGUGUGUGUGCUGCCACAUAAAAAGGAUAUAAUAUUGCCGCAUUGAUUUUCUCCCAUCGCAAAUGUGACAUCAACAAAGCAGCAGCAACAACAACAGCAACAGCAACAACAACUUUAACAACAACUUUAACAACAACUUUAACGACAACUCUAACAACCACAUCGACUAAAAGUUCAGAGCACAUCGAAAGUUUUGGACACUCAUUUUGCUGGUCUCCGGGUUACAGAGGACGACUAAGCCGAGUCUGAUUAAACCGAUAAAGCUCUUGUUGAUUCAAAGUACAACAGAACUUAAGAGCGCCUAACGAGCAAAGCAGCAGCAGUAAAAGCGACAGCAACAAAAAUCUGUACACGUGUCGCAUACACAAUGCGAAGCAUGCGGCAAGGGAUCGACGACAGCAGCCGCAGAGACAACGGCAGCAACAACAACAAAUGAAUUGCGUUAUAAUUUCAUUAAGGACAAAAACCUUUUCAGUCAACGGCAAAACCGUUGAAGGGCUAAGAAGAAAAGGACGAGCGCCUAAGUAGACUAAAGUAGAGUAAAGUAAAGCAAAGCCGCAGGACCCAAGAGGCGACAAUAACAAAAGCCUUGCCAACUCACAGGCCCUGCCAAGCAAAAAUCAAGCGACUGGCAUUUUUAUGAAAUUAAUACAAAAGACGCAGACACAGCAGCGACAGUGGGUGUGGCACUGAGAACAGUUGCGGCAAAAAGGAGCGCCACAUCAGCAAUGACAGCAGCGACGUGGACACAAUGAUGAGCACUCGCACUCUGAUAAUAAUGGCGGCCCAGCAGCCGGCUAGCGGGAAGCGCUUUUAUUGCCUGACACUCGAGUAGGCAACGUGAUUCGUUGCCAGACAAGCCGAGUAGCCGAGAAGCUGAGAUCAACUUUAUAUAACAACGACUGCGCUUAGAUGUCGCUAAUGAUAUUUGCGUGACGCGGAAGAGGAACUCUAAAAACGUCACCUUCAUUUACUAAUUUGACAUGCAAACGUGACCAAGUGUCGCACAACCUUCUAAAAAUAGGAAAGCCAAGACAAAAAAAAAAUAACAAAAAACUCAUAAAGCUUAGACAAAGCCAAUAGACAAACUGUGUAACACAAUGCCACGCCGAUUGCAAUUACAGCUCCCGUUGCUGCUGCAGCUGCUGCUGGUGCAGUGCAUCCUGGCCUGCCCGCCGGAUGUUUGUGUAUGCAAAUGGAAGGGCGGCAAGCAGACGGUUGAGUGCGGCGGACAGCAGCUGUCAAGCCUGCCUGAGGGCAUGGAUCCGGGCACACAGGUGCUCAAUUUUAGCGGCAACGGACUUCAGGUAUUGCAGAGCGAGCGUUUCCUGCGUAUGGACCUACUCAAUCUACAAAAGAUCUAUUUGUCGCGCAAUCAGCUGAUACGCAUACACGAGAAGGCAUUCCGCGGACUGACCAAUCUGGUGGAGCUGGAUCUGAGCGAGAAUGCGUUGCAGCAUGUGCCCAGCGAAACGUUCCAAGAUUACAGCUCGCUGAUGCGCCUCUCGCUCAGCGGCAAUCCUAUUCGCGAGCUAAAGACUUCAGCCUUUAGGCAUUUGUCUUUUCUGACCACCCUGGAGCUAUCCAACUGUCAGGUGGAGCGCAUCGAGAACGAGGCCUUUGUGGGCAUGGACAAUCUGGAGUGGCUGCGCCUGGAUGGCAAUCGCAUUGCCUUCAUCCAGGGCGCUCAUAUACUACCCAAAUCGUUGCACGGCAUCAGUCUGCAUAGCAAUCGCUGGAACUGCGACUGCCGCCUGCUGGACGUAUACGGCUGGCUGGUUAGUCAUAAUACGCCGUUGGCCGAGGAGCCCAAGUGCAUGGAGCCGGCGCGUUUGAAGGGUCAGAUAAUCAAGGGAUUGCAGCGGACACAGCUCGCGUGCCUGCCCGAGGUCAGUCCGCAAUCGAGCUACACGGAGGUCAGCGAGGGCCGCAACAUGUCCAUAACAUGUCUGGUGCGCGCCAUACCCGAGCCGAAGGUGCUCUGGCUAUUCAAUGGCCAGGUGAUGAGCAACGACAGUCUGCUGGACAAUCUGCACAUGUACUACUAUAUAGACGAAAGCGGCGGCAGUGGCGCUGAGGAGAAACGCAGCGAGAUCUUCAUCUACAAUGUGGGUGCCGAGGAUAAUGGCACCUUCUCUUGCGUGGGCCAAAACAUAGCCGGUACCACGUUCAGCAAUUAUACGCUACGCGUGAUCAUCAAGGAGCCGCCGGUGGUGAAUGAGGUCUCCUUUCCGCGCGACUACAUGAACUACAUUGUGGCCAGCAGUGCUGGUGGCGGCAUCAUCUUUGCCGUGCUGCUCUGCACCAUUGUGGUCAAGUGCAAGCGUGGCACGGAGCCUGCCAAGCGUAAAAAAUGCGACCAGGUGACCAGCAUUGCUGGCGCCACCGACUCGACCAAUGCCAGCAGCCAGGAUACCGGCAUGAUGAAGUGCGCCUCGAUACUCAAUGAUGGCGAUAGCCUAAACGGCGGCGCCGGGCUGCUGCUCAGCGACAAUCUGACACCCACCAAGGCCAGCAAUGGCACUGCCGGCGGUUCUGCCAAUGUCGGCGUUGGCAGCGCUGGCGGCCUCAUUCUUGGCGGUCAAAUGAAACAAAAUCUACUGCUCUAUGCCACGCCAAAUACUCAUUCACAUACCCAUGCCCAGCAGCAUCAACAGCACCAACAGCACCAGCAGCACCAGCAGCAGCAGCAACAGCAGCUGCAGCUCAACGUGAACAUAAUGAACGCUGCGGCAGCUGCUGCCGGCUCGCCCCCGCUGUUGCUGAGCAACGGCCUGGCUGCCGCCUACUGCUCGCCACCUGCGUCGCUGCGCAACUACCCGGAGAAGAACCCAGAUCUGGUCAACGAUGCGGAGAGUGUCAAGCACAAGCUGAAGACGGCCGUCUCGCUGGAUGGCGCUGCAGACUAUGAGACAGCCAGCGACUGUGGGCAGUAUGAGGGCUGCUAUCAGCUGGCCACGGCCACGCCCCAUGCGCAUACUAUGCUGGGCAUGGGUUCACGCUUCGCUGCCGCCAUGACGACCCUGCCGCGUGGCAUGCAGCUGAAAUCGGUGCUGAACUCUGCGUCCGCAGCAGCAGCUGCAGCAGCAGCAGCCACAUCGCCACACCAGGUGGAUGUACAUUUGAAUCCGGUUUGCUUUUUGGGCCAGGAUGGCUACGCCUACGACUACAGCAGCGCGCACCUGGUCCAACAGGUGGCAGCCGCGCCGCACAACCAACAACAGCAACAACCGCAGCAGAACUUUUACCGCACGCUUCCACAUAAUCGCGCCCAUAAGCAACAGCAGCAGCAGCAGCAACAAUUUGCGGCUGCGGCAGCUGCACAAAAUGCCAGCCUGCGCUAUAGCCUGGAGGCGGAAUUUGUACAGCGCGCGCCUCCCGUUGCCUACGAAAAGUAUCAGUUACCGAACGUACGCUUUACUGCCGAGGGCUAUCCCCAGCAGCAUCAGCAGCAGCAGCAGCAACAACAGCAACAGUUGCAGCUGCAGCAGCAAUUUCCCUCGCCACCCGAGGGCUACAAGAGCAGCGAUCUGCCGUUGCCAGCCUUCCAGCAGUGGCCGAGCUGCCUGCCUGGCUAUCAUGCACAGCCGUUGCGCUACGGCCAUAGCCCAUCCCCCACGCCAGCGCUGACAGCAGCAGGAGCAGCUGCGACGCCUGCACCCACGUUGGAGAGCAAUGCGGUCAACGGCAGCGCCACCAUACCGGAGCUGGACGAGAGCGAAACAUCGCCCAGUGGCUCGAAUGCGGCCAUGGCCGAGACGGACUGUGCUGGCCGCAGCAACAGCAACGGCAACAGCACGGAGUCAGCGGAUGCAUCUAAGCUAAAGCAGCUGAAUGGACCGCUGGCGGACAGUCCGGAUGAGGGCUACGUGGGUGAUGCGCAGGAAACUAGCGACAUUUGACAACGUGGCGCUGCUGCCGGCCAGGAUGCUGCCUUAGACGAUUCAGUGGCACUGUAAAUAGCCGCGCGCUGAUGACACACUCACACAUGCGCAUGCUUAAAUAAAUUUAGUUUGUGCUCGUAUCCGUAUCCGUAUAUUUUCAUGCAGUUAGCUCACGACAAACAAACUGAUGAAACAACAGUCGCCGAGUUAAAACAAAAGACGAGAACUCAACCCAACCUGAAACUAACUACAACAGCAGAAGAAAACAAAAAGAAGUUAAGCGAACCGAAUUAAAUAUGCCCUUGCAGAAUAAACAUCAAUAAUAGAGUA